AUUAUUUGAAAGCUUUCCGAGUUCAGAGCUGAACCGAAGACGACGUGAUUAUUUAUUUGGUGUUUAAUGUUUAAGUGAAAAAUUAAAAAAGAAUUACAAAAGUUCAAAUAUUAAAUUAAUUUAAUAGAGAAACGUUUUAAGUUUAAAUUUUCUAAUAAUGUUUAAAUUCUUCGUUCAGCUGCUAUUCAUGCUAAUUAUUUCUAAUUUGUCUAACGGCCGCUAUAUAGAAGAAAGCAAUGACUAUCCCUUAUCACUACCGCCUCAACUGCCCCACACUCAGGGUGCGAUGGCUAACAGUUAUUACAAUUAUCCCUAUAGUGUAGCGGCGCGACCCUACUACUAUCCUCAUCAUCAUCAAGUUAGUUUGUAUUCACCACCUGGUUCGUAUUUCGAUCAAAGGCGAAGUGUAUUUCGGCCUUUUCCCGGCGGCGGUUCACCUAUUCUAAUAGAUUACCAUAACCGUUGUUCCGAUAAUUAUUUGGGGUUAAAGCCGCAUCCAACGCAACAACAAUAUUAUUACCUAUGUAAACCGGAUUGUGUGAUUUUUGGAAAAUGCCAAAAUCUACAGACCUUCAACUAUGCCAGCAGCCAAUGCGUACAGUCUAUGCCAGAUUACAUGACGAAUUGCUCAUCAAUGGGCAUUUUUCCCAUCUAUUCUGAUUGUCAUUUGUACUAUAAGUGCAAUCAACAGUUGCAGGCGCAUAUUUAUUCAUGUCCUAGGAAGACGAUCUUCUCGCCACAUUCAAAACAAUGCAUAGCCGGUAACAGCUGCUCACCCACUCAAAUAUCUGAAAAUGGUUCACUCUUCUUGCAAGAGAAUUGUGAAAAGAAAUUCCCAUCUUGCGUGCAAAAUGGUUUAUUUAGGUCUCCCUCAGAUUGCUCCUUGUAUUACAAAUGCGAAACGCAAAAUAAUGGAAUAUUUUUACAAACGCGAUUCAAAUGUCCAUCCGAUAUGUUCUACGAUUUGCAGAGAUAUCAAUGUGAGGUUAAGGAGAAAGUCGCCUGCGAUUGUAUGCCUGCGGUAGAUUUGGUUUAUCCGAAACUUAAUUACUAUCAGUUGCCCAUAAUGAUGAAAUUCCCUGAAGAUAUUUUAGAAGAAAAUCCUUAUCCUACCGAAAAUGUACACAACAAUUGUUCGAAGCCAGAAGACAAAAUCACUGAAGGUUCCGGCAAUGAAGACUUAAUGACUGCGACCACAACGGCAGAAAGCAUCCCCUCUAUCACCUCAACCGAUUUGAUGACUGUAGCCGAUACGGAAACUCAAGGUCAUGAAACCUACUUCGCAACGACAACUGAGAUAUCAAUCUCAGAUGAUUUCUUAAAAUCUUUCCAAGUUAUUGAGUCUAACAGUGAAGAGCCCGACAGUAGAGAGGAAUUUCUUGAUUUCAAUAAAAAUGCUGAUGUUUUCUCUAAAGAAACAUUUUUCAAGGAUCGUAACACCGAGACUACUACGGACUUCACCACUGAUUUACCAGAUGAAAGUAGCACCACAACAGAAGCGAACGUAGAAGAAGAUAUUUCAACACAAACAGCUUUAUUAAGCACUGAAACAGAUGAUUUUUCCAUCGGUUCGUUGGCCUUGACAAAAGAGAUGGUAAUAACAACCCGUGAGCCGCAGCUAAGCUUGCAAGAACAUACUAAAGAAGAAAUCGUUGAGAAUAGGAUGAUAGGAAAUCGUACGGAACAACCGCUUAUUGAAAUAUUCACAACAACCAACGAGGGAGUAAAGGAUUUGGAAGCCGAAGAGCUAUUGAGUGAAACAACGAAUAUCGAUAAUCCAGAUAAUACGGAUAGAAAAACUGAUUUAACCCAACAACACAUCUCUACCACUAUUACUAAAACAAAUCAAUUACAAAUUAAAACAUUAAUACGAGAAUCUACAUCCAACAUUAAACACAAGCACCAAAAUCUCUUAAAAACCGCAACAACAUCCACUUUAAGUUCUACAGUAAGUCCAAAUAAUUUUCACGCUAUUGAUUACGAUAGUAUUGAAGAUGAAAAGGCCGUUUUGGACGAUGAGGUCAUAAUAAAAGAUUUAUCGGCAUUUAUUAAACGACAAUCCAACCGAGACUUAAUAUCGGAAGAAGAAGGAUCUGGUGAAGAAGAAAAGGAGAAAUUGGAAGCUUUCGAAUUGCCAAAUGAAAAUUUGAAUGAUAUCUCGACCGAAAGCGACGUAAAAGAGCUAAAAAAUGUACAAGCCCAACAAAAACUUGCAGUUGAGAACACUACUACCGAAAACGGAGAUUUAUUUUUAAGUGAUAGAAGAAUGAUUGGUCGUGAAGAAUUUGGUGUUUCUCGUAAGCCAUUCAAGGAAUUUUCUGCGGAAAGAUUUUCAAAUGAAGAAAUCACCGAAAAUGUUGAAAAUACACUGACCUCAUCUUUUAAAUCUUUACAAAACAGGGACGGUACAGAAAAGAGCGAUUUUCUAAGCACAGUUGACUCUUUAAGAGAUGAUUAUAUUGAAAUUGAAAAUCUGACACCUCCCGCUGAGAGCAAUCUUAGCGUAACCAAAUCGAAUCGUAAUCAGUUUAAAAACAAUUUAAAAUCAAAAGUGGUAGGUCUUCAAUAUGAUUUAUCUGCAACCAGUACAUCACCACGGCCCAAUUAUUAUAACAUCUGUAGAUCAUGAGUAAUGAAAAAAAAUUUGAGCCAGAAAUUGUUUUUAUUUUUGGCAAUAGAGGUAGCCUCAGAUUAUGUUUUACUGUGGUCUUGUCCUUCGGUCGAUUGAUUCCACUUUCAAUAUCAACCGGCGUGCCAGAUCUUAUAAUGUUUCAGCCGAAUUUGAAGUCUAAGGCUUUUAUUUUUGCGACCACAAGGAGCAGACAGUACACAGACUGAAGGACAAACUAAAUCGGUUUAGAAUUUACUCCUGGUCAAGAAUAAAUUUAUACUUCAUUGCACGCUCAGUGGAAUAGUAAAAUAUAUUCUCAUCAUUGAUAAAUUACUCAGUGUCCAGUUCGUAAACUAAAAUCGCCAUUAUCGCACCUAACUAAACGCAGUGAAUCGCAAGACUUCUUGGACGUAAAGCCAGCUCAAACUCUCAAAAAACUUUAUAAAUAGCUUAGCAAUUGCCGAAUAAAAUAUUUCUUAACAGACACAUGCAGUGGGGAAAACCAAAUGAAGGGAAUAUGGUUGCCGCACGAAUUGUCUUUUCGAAUCAUUUUUUGUGCCGUAUUGCGAUUAGCAAUGAAAAGAGUUUCUACUACGAGAAUUCAAGAGGAAAGAGCGAUGGUUUAAUCCAGGGCAACAUUGCAUAGCGACACCGAAGCGGAAUUUUCUUGGCCAUAAAACAAUGCUGUGUAUAUGGUGCGACCAGCAAGGUUGUGUAGUGUAGUAUGAGCUGCUAAAACCGAAUGAAUCUGGUACUGCAGAUGUUCAUCGACGCCAUGGGAACGAUGCAUUCUUGCAAAACAGACCAGCAAUACCGGCUGACAGCCGCAAAUUUAUUAUUUUUAUUCAUCAAUUGUAACAAUAAUAAUUAAAUUAUUAACUACGAUUAACUACGAUUAAAAUAGAUUUAUCGGACCAGUAAGACCAUAACGUUUCUUUUGGACACAAAUAAUUAACAAAAAAUACUGGAUAGGAUAACUUGAACAAUGUUCAGCUCAAAACAAAUUAAAGAUGAUUACAUAAUUACUCAUUACACGAAGGAUUAUAAAGUUUUCUGAUUUCUACUCUUCACCUAUAUGCAGUAACAACGUGAACAGAUAUUAGGCGGGAAUGAGUUUAUUAACUUUACAGCGUUGAUAAGAAAUAGUCUUGAUGGUCUUGAAUACUUAUGGGCUGGAAGAAUUAAAUUCAUCGUACGUCUGGCAAACUGAGCUUUCGGACGGAGUUUGUUUGUUUGUUUUUUUCGCAUUUAAAAUCUUAUUGAUAAUCUAUCUGACACACUAAUCGACAGCCAAGCGCAGCUUAACGCAAUCAAGGCGCAUAUGUUGCCUCCCUACGAUAUAAAUUCCAUAACAAGACAUUUAAUUAUUCUCAGUUUAGUUUGAGUUGGCACGUGAGGGGAGGAUAAACACAGUUUCCUCAGAGUAUAACGUAGCCGCACAGUCUAAAAUCAAUAUCUUCUUCACUUCUAGACCAGGCCAAUCACUGCAUCACCCAUUCUAAUAUCAAUCAAGCGAGUCGGAAUCACGAUAGCCUUCGUUUCAUCUCAAUUAAGCUUUAAAUUAUGGAGAAUGGACCAAUGCGAGAUAUGACACAGAUUACCGUUAAUUUGUUGAGUCAGAUUCUCCACAAGACCCAGUGAAGGGGUAUAGGAGGAGUAUAGUUGAGCAUCGUCUGCGUAAAAAGGAAUAUU